AUGGAGGUCAAACUGUUGGUUUGUGGCGUUGUGCUCGUGGUCUUAGCAGUUACAGGAAGCAACGCGCAGUUAGAUGUUUGUGGCGCUGCACCGCUCAAAAGCAGGAUCGUAGGAGGGGCGGAUGCUCCUCCCGGGUCGUGGCCCUGGCAGGUCAGUCUGCAGAGCAACGGAUUUCAUUUCUGUGGAGGCUCCCUGAUCAACAACCAGUGGGUCCUGACUGCUGCUCACUGUUUAAACAGUACCCUCCCAGAUCUCACCGUUAACUUUGGUCUUGAAGCCCUAAAGUUGUUGAAUACAAACGGGAUGUCCCGGACUGUGUCCCAGAUCAUCAAGCAUCCGAACUUUAAUCAACCCAUGCUCAAUAACGACAUAGCCUUGUUGAAGCUGUCCUCACCUGUUAACUUCACCAACUACAUCAGACCCGUGUGUCUGGCGGCGAACGGCAGCAUCUUUAAUGCUGGGACGUCCUGCUGGGUCUCCGGAUGGGGGAACAUCGAAACUAACAUUUCACUUCCUUCCCCAAAGAGGCUGCAGGAGGUGAGUCUUCCCAUCGUGUCCAACAGUGAUUGUAACGCUACCUACGGUGGUAUAAUCACAAACAACAUGAUCUGUGCCGGUGUGACCCAGGGAGGAAAUGGCACCUGUGACGUGAGUCUAUCUGCAAAACAUGUUUAA